AUGCAUGUGGGUUCUUCUAACUUGACAUCCAAAGCCCUAGACAAGUUCUCUGAAGAAUUCUGGCAAGAUAAAAAGAACCAACUUGCCAUGCAGGCAAUGAUGGCCAAUGAUCCUGCUCAAAUCCUCGUUACUCCUCAAUCCAAUAUUGAGAAUCGUCAUGUCUUUAAUGUCAAGUUGGAUUUAGAGGGUAGUGCCACCAAUCAGAAAUCCAGCGGUCGUUGUUGGAUCUUUGCAGGUACCAAUGUACUCCGCUUGGCUGUGAUUCGUAAAUACAAGCUGGACGAUAGUUUUGAAUUAAGUCAAAAUUACUUGUUUUUCUAUGAUAAGCUCGAGAAGGCUAAUUGGUUCCUUGAGAACAUGAUUGACUUGGCAUGUGAGGACAUUCAUGAUCGUGUGGUACAAUACCUCCUGACUUCACCUGUGGGUGAUGGAGGACAGUGGCAAAUGUUUAUCAACCUGAUUACAAAGUAUGGUGUAGUACCCAAGUCUGCUUUUCCUGAAACCGUGGCUAGUUCAAGCACGUCGCGUCUUAACUGGUUAGUGACUGUCAAGCUUCGUGAAUAUGCUGUCCAGAUUCGUAAGGCUAUACAGGGACAAAAGAUGGAUAUCCAGACUGUACGCGGUAUGAAGGAACGUAUGAUGGAAGAUAUCUAUCGCAUCAUGGUUAUCUAUCUUGGUGAACCACCAAAGGAAUUUGAAUGGGAGACCAAUGAUAAGCAUGGUAAAUGUGUUACCUUGCCACGUAUGACACCCAAGAAAUUCAUGAAAGAGAUUGUGGACUAUCCUGUAAGUAUUAUCUUUAUAUACACAUAUACCAUGUCUUUGAUUCAUGAUCCUCGUAAUGAGUAUGCUCAAGUCUAUACGGUUGCCCGCUUAGGUAACAUUGUGGGUGGUGAUCAAAUCAAAUAUGUCAAUACGCCUAUCGAGACCAUCAAGAAAUUAGCAGUGGAUGUACUCAAGUCUGGUCACCCUGUCUGGUUUGGCUGUGAUGUUGGCCAGUUUAGUAACAGAAAUACAGGUGCUAUGGACACCCACGUCUUUGACUACAAACUCACGUUCAAUGUGGACUUCAACAUGUCUAAGGCAGAACGUCUAUUGUAUGGUGAGAGUGCCAUGACUCAUGCCAUGGUCUUCACUGGUGUCCAUCUCAAAGACAACAAGCCUGUACGUUGGCGUGUUGAGAACAGCUGGUCUGAAUCUUCAGGUGAAAAGGGAUUCUGGAUCAUGACAGACGACUGGUUUACUGAAUUUGUCUAUCAAGUCGUGCUUGAGAAAUCUGUUGUGCCCAAAAAACUUGUGGAUUUAUUAGAUAAUGAACCCGUUGUACUGCCUGCUUAUGAUCCUAUGGGUGCCUUAGCUUUAUUUUAA